AUGGAGCCGACUCUGUCAAAGUAUUUUGGCAGCGAUCACAUCAACCCUGACGAAGUCCCUUCCAGCGCAAAGUUUCAGAAGCUGGGCGAAGCGUUUCUUAAACAAAUGAAGGAAUUCGUCAGCAAAUAUCCGGAUGAUUCAGCGCUCAAGGACGCUCUUAAGCCGUUCAUGGCGGAACACAAAAAGUAUAAAGUGGGUCCGGCGGAGAUGAAGAAAGCGGGUCCAAUCUGGCUCAAAUUCAUCGAGAAUCAUGCCGGCCUGACCUCCGAACAGAAGGGAGCUUGGUUGACGUUCUUCGACAAGCUGAUCCACCUGGCAGAACAGGUCUAA